UUACUUACCUGGUACGUUACACCUUACAUGUCGUCCUUAAAACAUAGGAUUACUUACCUGGAAAAGAAUCAUCCUGAAUUACACAAAGUGAUAAUAGAGAAACAGUUUGAUUCUUUGGAGAGUUUGACAUCAAAAGUGGAGACAUUGUCGCAGGGAGUUGUCAAGAAGGAAGGGAAGCAAUUCAGUAUCAGUGUUAUGAUAGAGUUACCUCCCAGUGAGACAGCACUUAUUGGUAAUACCCAGGCUGAAAAGAUAAAAACUACAGAAGGUACAGAUGCACCCAUACAAAAAGACUUGCAGGCAUCAUCGGAAAAAAAGACAGACACAGCUAAAGCAUCAACUAAUACAAAAAACCCUAGUGAAGGAAAGUCUACUGACCAACAGCUGUCUAGUAUAAUGUCUACUAAAAGUCAGGAAAAUAAAUUUGAGGAACCAAGGAAAAAAUUGCCAGCAUGGGUGAAGAUUCCAAGACUGCCUAAGAAAGACAGUCAGGCUCCCGCAAAUACUGACACCUCGCCUGCAAAAACUAAGGAUGCCAGUAAUGAUAAGAAAGUGAAAACUGAUGAUGCAAAAGAGUCAGCUAAGGAGCAGCCAGAAAAGCCUUCAGACUCCAAGAAACAAGACGAACAAAAAAGAAGUAGAAGCCAAGAUAGAAGGAGGUCUAGCAGUAGAAACCGAGAUAGGAGAAGCUCCAGGCAUUCACCUAGGAGGAAAGAUGGCGAAAGAGAUUCAAAAGACAAAACUAGAAAAUCUGCAGAGAGAGGGUCUAGACGAUAUAGUAGAGAAGACAGUUCACAUAAAAGAGGAAGAUCUAGAAGUAGAGAUAAAGAUAGAAGAGAUGCAAAAUCACCAAGAACUGGACACCUUGAGUCAACAGGAAAAUGUCAGAAGGAAAGAGAUAAGGGAGAUACCAAAAAUUCAACCUCAAUAGAAAAUACCAAAUCAUCUGACAAAAGUACUAAAGAUGAAGCUGCUGUCAGUACUGAAGAAGCUGGAACAAAAUCUUUAAAUCCAGUACCUGUGGAGAAUAUUGAAAAUGUCUCAGACAAUGAGAUACUGCCUGAAAAUGUCAAACCUGUCUCAGAAGAAACCGAUCAGGCAAUAGAUAUUGAUGACUUCAGUCUUGAAGAACUUGAAUUAAUCGGUAAAUCAAUAGAAGAGCAGAUGGAGGAAGUUGAUGAUUUGAUCCAUAUAGAGGAUGACACAAAAGAGAAUAAGACAGAGAAAAACAGCACUCUUAAAAUUACUGCACCAGUAAAAGAAUCAAAAACGGAUGAAAGAGGAAAUGAAUGUGUAAUUGAAAUAAAAAGCAAUGUUGAUGAAGAUCUCCAGAUAAAAGAUAAAAUUGAUACACCUGAUGAAGUGGUUAUUGAUCUUGUCCCAGAAGAGAACCACCCAAAGAUUACAACACAGAGGAAGAAACCAUCUGAUAGUUGUGUUGUUGAAAUAACUAUGGCUAGUUCUCCACCUGAAAAAGCUUGUCAGUCCAACAGUAAAGUGGGGAAGAAAAUGAAUAAAGUUAGCAUGACAGAUGAUACACCAGUUGUAGAGAUAGAUAUGAAUGUGCAACAAAAUAAACUUGAUGAAAGCUGCAAUGUUACACUGGAAAUAGAAGAGCCAAAGCAGAACACUGAGUAUACAAAAGUUGUGCAGGACAAUGUGAAAGAAGUUAGUAAAAUGCAUGCAGACAAAAGUGAAAGUAGACAAAUGACUAAAAGUAAACUACCAUCUUUGUCUACAGAAGAAGUACAGUUUCAUUCAAAGCCAGCAGAAGUGAGAAUAGAUGUAGUUGCAGAUACAGAUGAGAGAAAUAAGUCACAUAGCUCUUCUAAAAAGGAAGAUGAUAAUGAGAUAACAUCUGAUGCAAAGGAAGACACUUCUGAUGAUGGAACAACAGAUUUUGAUGAUUUUAUUGCAUCUCAGCUUGGUGAAGAAUUUGUCACAGUUGAUGAUUUUACUGAAACAGAUACAGAUACUCCUAUUGAAGUUGAGUGCACAAAUGAAGAAAAGGUUGUAAAAUCAGAUAUAUUACCAAAAAAUGUGACAGAAAUAUCUUUGGAGUUAGAAGAGAUUGAAAAUAACAGUAAGACAGGGAAGAAAAAAGAAAUAUGCCCUAAAAGUAAAUCUGUUGAAAAUAGGUCACUUAAAGAAUUGCAAGGAAAACAAAAUGUUUCUGAAACUAAAGUUGAAGACAUACAAAUUUCUGAUACAAAAUCUGAUAAAGAAACAAAAUUGAACAUCAAUAAUGAUGUUAAAAGCUCAGAAUUUAAUCAGAUUGAUACAUCUAAAAAACCUGAAAUUCCAAGUUCCCAAGAUGAGAACAUUAACACAAAUAACUUUGAGCGCUCACAAAGUGUAUGUGUAGUAGAAAUAAGUAUGGAGACGCCACAAAUGUCUGAAAAUUCAGCUGUGCCUGAAAAGACUGGUUGUUUAUUUGAUCCAUAUGAUGAUAGCGGGGAUAUGGAGUUCAUCCUUAAUGAGGAUUUUGAGACUGUGGAUGAAACUGAAGAAAUUGGUACAGACUUAGGGACCACUGUGAUGGAUAGUAACAUGGAAAAGGAGAUAGAUGUAUGUGAUAAGAGUGAGAGCAUUAAUGUAGGACAAGAACAAGCUGCAGUAAGAGAAAAUGUGGAUAAUCAAAUUGCCAGCAUUGCUGAACCUGUCAUUAACACUGAACAAAUAGAAGUCUCUAAGGAAACAAACAUUCAUGUAGAAAAAACAGCUGCUGCUGUUGAACUGCAAGAAAAUGUUGUACAUGCUAUCACUGACAAAACGGAAAAUGUUAGAGAAGAUCAUUCUCCAUUAGUAAUUACUAGCUUCCCAGUUGAUGAUGAGGAUGAUGAUGACAUUGAAGAAAUCUUCCUUAGUGGUGAUUUUGUAACUAUAGAUGAGCAUGAAGAGGAUGAACCAUCUCCAGCUGUAGACAAUACUGAGGAAGAUGUUGAUUUUAACCCUGAUGAUUUUGUGACUGUGGAUGAAGUUGAUAUAGAUGCUGCAGCAGAUCGAAAGCAGUUUACCAGUCAAUUGAAGGAACAUGAAUCUUCAACUGAAACCAAAAAAGAUCAUUCCAAACAUUCAUCCUCUAGAAGUGGUGGUAGAAGUUCCAGGUCAAGAGAAAAGUCAGUUAGUAGGAAUGGUUGUAGAAGUUCUAGAGAUAAGUCAGAAUCAAAGAAAUCUUCUCACAGCAGCAGCAGGAUGAGGGAUACUGAAAGACGGUCAUCUUCAAAAAAGAGAGACGGUUCAAGAACAUCCAGGCAUUCUUCACCAGAGAAAUCCACAAAGCCAUCAUCAUCAUCCACAUCCAGCCGAACAUCUAGAGGGUCCGGUACGAGUGUAUCUGCCCAUAAAUCUGGGAGUUCUGGUUCAAAUAGAUCAGGAAGUCAGAAGGAAACCUUGACAUCUUCAGUAGAGAUAAGAAGCAGUGAUUCUAGAAAGGAACCAUCAGAUAAACAGCCAUCUGGGAUAGAGGUAAAUUUUGAAGUCUUGAAUAAGCAGUCAGGGAAAGAACAAGCCUCAGUGUCAGAGUCAACAAGGAGCAGUGACAGACUGAGAUCAUAUACUGUAAAACAGGAUGGGUCACCUAGAAAAAUUGAUACCCAGUCAUUCCUAGGUAUUCCCAUUAAAUCAGCUGCAGAAUCGGCUAGUUCAAAACAACUUAGCAAAACAGGACAAGAGAAGGAAAAAUCUAGUACAGACAAAAAUGUAAAACCAGACUCCAACAGGAAUACACAUUUUGAAGAUAGGGGAAAAGCAUCUGUCAGUGUUAAACCAGAUCAGACUAGUGUGAAUAAACAAUCUAAUUACAGAACAAGAAGUGCUACAAAUGUCAGUGAUGAUAAACUGGAAGAUUCAAAAUCUUCUCAUGAUAGGCAUAAAGACAGAAAUGAGAAAGGUCAGUCUAGAAAUAGUAGAGAUAGGGGAGAUAACAGACAUUCUAGUAGAGGUGGAACUGAUAAGAGAGAUGUAUGGGUGUUGGGAGACUCCAUCCCUUACUGGGCCGGCGUGCACACAAAGUCCCAAGGGAAACCAAACCUGGGCCUUCAAGACAUAUCUGUGGUGUGGUGGGGUGUCUGUGGCCUACGUUGGAAAGAUUUUCGCCACUCAGUGGAGGCACAGAUGCUUUCGUCACCCCCAUCUUUAAUUUUCAUACAUCUGGGUGGAGAUGACUUAGUUUCCGAAAAUACCAUUGAAAUCAGACAUAUGAUUGAAACUGAGAUCAGUUAUCUACGGGAAGCUUUCCCAGAAGCUGUUAUUGUCUGGGUUGACAUUUUACAAAGACAGCAUUGGUCUGGUUCACUUCAGGGUAAAAAACCUAUAGAGAAAAAACGUAAGCGCUUAAACCGAAUAGGAAGAAAAAUUGUAACAUCAUCUGGGACAAGUGACAUCAUUAGUCCAGAUAUUGAUGAGCAGACAUUCUUUCAAGAUGAUGGUGUCCACUUAAACUUGGUUGGUCUGGAGUUUUAUCUGGAUUGCAUUCGGGAUUCUAUUAUCAAAAUCUUAAGAAAUUAACAAUUUUUAGCUUGACUAUUCGAAGACUAGUCUAGCUAUUCUAUUCUACUCACCCUGGCAUUGGCGUCAGCGUCGGCGUCACACCUUGGUUACAGUUUUUCAUGCAAGUACAUACAGCUAUCAUUUAAAGGGUAUAUAGCUUUGAAACUUCUAUUUUCUUAUUUUGAAUAAAUCCAUUGACUCAGAGCAAUUGGUUUAUUUACCUGGAUAUUUAGGCUAUAUCGCAUAGCCUUCGUCAGAUAACUGCACUGAUUUCUGAUCAGUGGGUGUCACGUGACUUUUACUAGAAAUCAGUGCAGUUAGCUGACGAAGGCUAUGCGAUAUAGGCGAAAUAUUCAGGUAAAUAAACCAAUUGCUCUGAGUCAAUGGAUUUAUUCAAAAUAUGGACAAUCCAGAGCAAGGGAAUAACCUUCAUUGUUGUUAUUUUUUCUUUUUUUAGGUCAAUUACCAACCUCACUGGGUCAAGUUCCAUAACUCUGACAUGUAUUUUGAGCAAAUUAUGCCCCCUUUUGGACUUAGAAAAUCCAGAUUAAAGUUUUACAUGCAAGUUGCUAUCUCCAAAACUACUGCAGAUAUUGAAUUGAAACUUCACGUGUCUUCGGGGUUAUAAAACUAGUUGAAAGCAUCAAGUCCCACAACUAACUCUUACCUGCAUUUUGGCCAAAUUAUGCCCCCUUUUGGACUUAGAAAAUCCUGGUUAAGUUUUGCGUGCAAGUACAUACAGCUAUUACUAAAAGGCAUAUAGAUUUGAAACUUAUUAUUUAUUUAUCUAGAUCAACUGCCAACCUCACUGGAUCAAGUCCCAUAACUCCGACAUGUACUUUGGGCAAAUAAUGCCCCCUUUUGGACUUAGAAAAUCCUGGUUUAAGUUUUACAUGCAAGUUACUGUCUCCAAAACUAAUGCAGAUAUUCAAUUGAAAUUUUACAUGUGUCUUCUGGUUAUAAAACUAGUUGAUAGCAUUAAGUCCCAUAACUCUGACCUGCAUUUUGGCCAAAUUAUGCUCACUUUGGACUUAGAAAAUUCUGGUUAAAGUACAUGUAUUGCGUGCAAGUACUUACAGCUAUUACUUAAAGGCAUAUAGAAUAUAAAAUUAAAACUCAUUUUUCUUUUACUAGAUCAGUUACCAACCUAACUGGAUCAAGUCCUAUAACUCUGACAUGUAUUUUGAGCAAAUUAUGCCCCCUUUUGGACUUAGAAAAUCCUGGUUAAAGUUUUGGGUUCAAGUUACUAUCCUGAACAAAAUUUUUUUAAUGCAGAUAUUAAAUUGAAACAUCACGUGCCUUUGAGGUUAUAAACUAGUUGAUAGCAUCAAAUCCCAUAACUCUGACCUGCAUUUUGGUCAAAUUAUGUCCGGUUUUGAACAACUUUUUGUAAAGUUGUAAAAUCCUGGUUAAAGUUUUACAUGCAAGUUACUAUCUCCAAAACUAAUGCAGGUAUUGAACUGAAACUUCACAUAUGUUUACAGGGUUGUAAAACUAGUUAAAAGCAUCAAGUCCCACAACCAACUCUGACAUGCAUUUUGGCCUAAUUAUGCCCCCUUUGGACUUCUGGUUAAAGUUUUGCAUGCAAGUACAUACAACUAUUACUUAAACGCAUAUAGAUUUGAAACUCUUUUUUUCUUUUUCUAGAUCAAUUACCAACCUCACUGGAUCAAGUCCCAUAACUCUGACAUGUAUUUUGGGCAAAUUAUGCCCCCUUUUGGACACAGAAAUUUCUGGUUAAAGUUUUGGGUUCAAGUUACUAUCCAGAACAAAUGCAGAUAUUAAAUUGAAACAUCACAUGUGCCUUUGAGGUUAUAAAACUAGUUGAUAGCAUCAAGUCCCAUAACUCUGACCUGCAUUUUGGUCAAAUUAUGUCCGGUUUUGAACAACUUUUUGUAAAGUUUUGCAAAAACUAAUGCAGAUACUGGAAUGAAACUCUAUAGUUAUUUUAACAUUUAGGGUAACAUUUUCCAGCUUCUGGGACAAUGAUUCGAAUAGUUGAGCAUUGGCUGUCUAAGUACAAACAGCUCUUGUUAAACUGCAGUUCAGUAUAAAGAAUUUUGGGGAAUAAAUUAAUUUUAUUGUGGCGGAAAAAUUCUAUUUGUGCAUAUCGAAAGGCGAUCAGGCGCUUCAAAUUAUUGCUAUAAAGCUCGGCUAAAUGCGAUAUCCUGUCCUAAGCACCGUACUUUGGCGCAUUGCUUUCAGAUCAAGUUCAUGGCUAGGUGGCUUGGGUUGAAUAGGUUUUGCCCUAGUGUUAGGCGAAAUCUAGUUAGUAUUGCUGUAUUGAUAUAUAUAUUGGGUUCCAACCCUUUGCAUGCAACUACAUGCUUACCUUCAUGCACUGUUCCGCAUGGUAGUUACUGGCCGUUUGCGGCUACCUGCAGGCGGUUGGUCCCUAUCAUGUUACAUCACUGGCUCCUUCAUUGCAAUGCACAGCCAUCCUGUUUUGGUGUAUUUGUGUACAUCUGCCAUGUUACUCAGUGCUUCACUGUGUUCCACUGUAUCGUUCAGUGGUGUUAGUGUUAUUUCAAAGUAUUUCUGGUAUUGCAAUUUUAAUUAUACCCCUAUAGUUUUGUUGUAUUGCUCUGACGUGCCUGGUCUCCUUUCCAUUGAACAUUUUUACUUCAUCUUUUUGAGUGGCCAACAAAACCCAAUCUUACAUACUGUUGUAUUUACAUGUUGUUUAAAAUUUAUCUCUCUGAGUCAUUUAAUUUAUAUUGUUACAUUAACAUGUUAUUCAAGGUGUUGAGUAGAAUAUAAUGUGGAGCAUAUAACAUGGUGUUUCUUUGUUGUUUCGGAUAUUAAAAUGAGCCCUGCCAUGAGAAAACCAACAUAAUGGCUAAUAAGCCACUAUGUUGGUUUUCUCAUGGCACGGCUCAAAUAUUUUCACUACAUUUGUAAAAUUUCUCACACAUUUCGACAAUAUGUUGUUGGGUACACAGUUACAAUUUCAAUUCAAGUUGUUUAAAAAGUGACAAAACUAUAGAUGAGUAUUUCUUUUUAUUUGAACAAGAAGACAUCAUUUAUAAGGAAAUUGUUGUGUUGAUAUUGAAUUUUCACUAACAUAUAGUAAAAUGUCAAACCAAAUACUUGUUUCCAACAUAUCGCUGGAUAAAAGAAGUUAUUUUGUUUUGUUCUGAUUUUCCUGUCAUAAACAAACUUCUCUCGUUUGUGCAUUUUUGACAUGUGUAUUUUUGUGACUUUUUGGAAUUGAUUUGAAGUAUUAAAAUAGAAAAGUGGUAUCAUAGCA